ACGGAGAGGCAAGUGAUUGGCUUCUUAUUGGUCCGUUGUUCCGAUUGGCUACUGUAAGGUCCUUAUUUAAACCAGGAUGGAGGCCGACUGAUUCCAGUUUAACUAAGCACCCCAUGUGGAGUUUAACAAUGCUUGUGGUGCAAUGAAGAGCCAGUCUUUGGAGUGAAAGAACAUUUAGCACAGAGACGGGAGAGGAGGGAUUGGAAAGCCAUGGACUUGCCUGAGCUGCACGCCGUCCUCAGGGGAGAGGUGGCAUCAAUAAUGGAGUAUGGUAUCUUCAUCAAAAUCCCAGGCUGCAGGAAGCAAGGUCUGGUCCACAGAACCCACAUGUCAUCCUGUCGAGUGGAGAACCCCGCGGAGAUCGUGGAUGUUGGAGAGAAGGUGUGGGUGAAGGUGAUCGGCAAAGAGAUGCAGGAUGAUAAAGUGAAGCUGUCUCUCUCCAUGAAGGUCGUUAACCAAGGCACUGGAAAGGAUCUGGACCCCAACAAUGUGGUCCUGGAGUAGGUUCCCUUCUAUUUCAUGU